AUGAAGCCCUUUGUUAUUGACACCGCCAGCAGGACUCUUUCCUUCAGCGACUGGUGCGACGACCAGAGGAAGUGGGCAUCGCUGGCCAAAUGGCGGGACGAGCUAUACCCGGUGUAUGGCGACAAGAGCGACCCGCAGGGCAUUGCGCUGAUGGUGGAGCGCGCCUCGUCGUACAACUUUGGCAUCCGCACGUUCGGCGUUCAUCUCAACGGCACUGUAAGGGGCGAGGACGGCUCGGUCAAGAUGUGGGUUGCAAAGAGAUCGCUGCAAAAGCAGACAUGGCCAGGGUAUCUCGACCAGAUCGUUGCGGGGGAAUCGGUGAUGGGAUGUCGGUGUGGGAGUCGGUUAUCAAGGAGUGCGCUGGAGGAGGGCGGCAUCGAGCGGGACGUGGCCGAGACGACAAAGUUCGCUGGCACGAUCCAGUACUUUACCCGGUCCGAGCUGGGGCUGCAGCCCGAGACGCAGUUUGUCUUCGACCUGGAGCUGCCCCGCGACUAUGUUCCGUAUCCCAGUGAUGGCGAGGUGGACUCGUUCCACUUGUGGACUCUGGAUGAGGUUGUCGAGAAAAUGCGCCAAAACCUGUUCAAGCCGAACUGUGCCGUAUGUGUCGUCGACUUUCUGAUUCGUCACGGCUACCUGACACCAGAGAACGAGCCCGACUACCUGGCAAUUCUGGAUAAUAUCCACCGCCCUCUGCCAUUCCCGGCCCCGACGUACUGA